CUUUGCGAAUCGCCAUCUCUUCGUCGGCUCAUUUUGUCAAGAGUUGUUGUUCUAGGUUAUGUAUUGUUAGACAAUUCAAAGGUUCAACAACAGAUUAUAAUAAUUUCCUUCACGAGGCCUCUCUUGUACAUUUUUGAUUGUAGCAAGUGAUCCGAUUGGAAAUUCUUAUCUUCAAAGAACCUAGAAAAACCUGCAUUUUAAAUUUGACCUUUGUCGUGUUUAAAAUAUAUUGUGUUACUUGUCAAUUAGUAUUCCCAUUCCAGGUUGUUUAACCUAUUUUGUUCCUUCAUAAUUAAGUUAAGUUUGUUUCGAAAAUAUGGACCCUAUAAAAGUGGAACCGGUUUCAGAUGAUGAAGAAAGUGCAUCAGCACAAUACUGUGAAAGUAACGUCGUCUAUAUAAAACAGGAAUAUAUAUCAGAGGAAGUGCCCUUUUCUUCAAACAGCCCUGAAGAUAAUGAUCGCAAGGAACAUGUACAAUGUAAACAAGAAGAUAUAUUGCCAGAACGAGAAGUGUCUGUUAAGGAUGAGGAUUUGUUGGGUGACCAGUCAGCAGCCGAUGCCAGCCAUGAGGACGACACAGGCAAACAAGAUGCCACUCAGCCCUUACCCUGGAGAGUCUGUGGGAGUGAAGAACAAACCACUAGUAAAGAAAGAACAAAACAAUAUUCAAGCAUAGCUCACAUGCAACCUUUCAGAUGUAAAAUGUGUAACAAGAAGUAUGCGUCACGUCAAACUCUUGAAAGACAUCAAAAGUCCCAUUCAAUGUACUGGUGUAAAGACUGCAAUGAUGAAUUCUGCAGUCAACUGAAUUUGCAGUUGCCUGCUGAGAAAAAUGGGACACCUUUUUAUGUCUGUGAACUUUGCAAUGCAAAUUUCACAAGUGCAGUAAAGUUGCGGGUCCAUGUUACUCAUUUCCACUGGAGACAGAAGCCAUAUUCAUGUGAUCGAUGCACAGAUGUUUCUGCAUCCAGUGAUGAUGUUGAACAGAAUGAUCGCAAGGAACGUGUACAAUGUAAGCAGGAAGAAAUAUUGCCAGAACCAGAAGUGUCUGUUAAGGAUGGGGAUUUGUUGGGUGACCAGUCAGCAGCCGAUGCCAGCCUUGAGGACGACACAGGCAAACAAGAUGCCACUCAGCCCUUACCCUGGAGAGUCUGUGGGAGUGAAGAACAAACCACUAGUAAAGGAAGAACAAAACAAUAUUCAAACAUAGCUCAUAUGCAAAUUUACAGCUGUAAAAUGUGUAACAAGAAGUUUACAUCACGUCCAACUCUUGAAAAGCAUCAAAAGUCCCAUUCAGUGUACUGGUGUAAAGACUGUAAUUAUGAAUUCUGCAGUCGACUAAAUUUGCAGUUGCCAGCUAAGAACAGCGGGACACCCUUUUAUGUCUGUGAACUUUGCAAUGCAAAUUUCACAACUGCAGGGAAGUUGAGAGGACAUGUUACUCGUUUCCAUUGGCGACAGAAACCGUAUUCAUGUGAUCAAUGUGCUGAUGUUUCUGCACCUAGUGAUGAUGCUCAGCAGAUGCCAUAUGAAUGUGUUGUAUGCAAACAUAGUUUUGCAUCAUAUGAUUAUCUAAAGGAACAUCUGAAACGCCACUCAAAACUUAAAGCAUAUUUGUGCAAUACAUGUAACAUGCAGUGUUUCACACUGGCCAUGUUCAAAAGUCACUUAGCAACCCAUACUGAAGAGAAAAGUGUUGCACUAAAGACAUAUAAAAGAAAAAGUAAAUAAUUCCGAAGGCAGUUAAAAUGAGAACUAAAAAGUAUGUCUGCUCUAACAAAACUAGGGGAAAUGCCUAAUAUUCCAUAUGGAUUGAAGCAGAGAUGAAUUUGAUGACAUUGUGUGUUUAGUUCCAGGUCUUCUUGCACAACGCAUAAUUGUUCUUGCUUUUCUACAUCAUCUCUGAGGGUACACAAUACCCUGAACAGGCAACCUCACAGAAGGAAAGUCCUCCAUGUUCAACGACAUCUCCAGGAUGGUGAUUUUUGUUCCCACUAUGUGUUGAAUAAAGAAUUAGCAACUUUUUACUGAUAACAUAAUUAUCUACAUCACCAUGUGAUGAAGCAAAUUCAAAUAUGUUUUAGACACGAUAUACCAGUACUGUCAAAGACAGCAUGCUAACUUCUUUGUUUUUUUCAAAAUGUAAUCACUUCUUUGCACUUUUAAGGGAUUGAUUAAUUAUUGUGUUGAAUCAAGAUGAAUUUAGACAUUUUAAAUAGAAACGUGAAGUUUGUUCUUUUGUAUUUCUGUAUCUUAUAAGUCUCUCACAGGAUAACAGAAUUCUUGUCAUUACACAAGGUCAAUGUGGAAUAACCACACUUGAAAUGAACUGUUUUGAUUCAUUUAUUCACUCAUUCAGAGACAUGCUAUCAACAAGAAUCCUGCUUUUAUCAACUGCUGAAAAUACUCAAUUCUGGAAUGUCUGUACACUUUCUAACACUGUCAAUAUGAAAUGCAAAAUACUUCUUUUUAGGCUAAGCAUGAGAGACAACUUUACCAAUUUUAAAACAAAGCACUGCUCUACUACUGUAGACUAGACUAGAAGAGAAGAUUCUUUGUGAUUAGUGGUUUCAAAAUCUGUUUUGAGGGAAAAAAUAAUGAAAGUUGUUUAGCUUUCAGUUAAUUGGAGUUCAUUUUAUAAUAUACUAAGGAUCGAAAUAAAUAUAGAAAAAGAAUUAAAAAUGUA